AUGGAAACCAAGCAGCCCAGUUCUCCUGAACAGGCUGGUCUUGAAGUGGCGAUACCCGAUGGUCUGAUACCCCAGUAUGAGAGAGAUGCACCCCUCUAUUACGCCGGGGAUGGAUCCGACGCACCGAUACCCGUCGAAACAGAGGUUGGCCAUGGCCCAGGUCAAGAAGUUAAAAGUGCGACAGAUGCUCCGCGAACAAUAUGCGGGUUCCGGCGCCGGUAUUUCUGGAUUGGGGUUGUGGUUGCAGUGGUUGUCAUUGCAGCAGCUGUGGGAGGAGGUGUAGGCGGGUCUCUGGCGAAAAAGGACUCCGGAACCUCUAGCCCUGCCUCGACCGCAACAGCCGCCUCUACUUCGACUUCGACUUCGACUUCGGCGACCUCCAGCGCCACAAGCUGUCCAAUGGCGAAUGGGACGACAAUCACCGUCCAGCAAACGGACUAUAUCCAGUUAUGCCACACGGAUCUCUGCUCUGACACGGGUGGUUGUGCGAGCGUCACCAUUUCCGACAACGACCUCGUAAACUUCAAGACGAAUUCACUUGAACAGUGCAUCCAGCGCUGUGUGGUUUACAACAACAUAAUCAAGGGAGAACCAUGCAAGGGAGUGAGCUGGGAUGAAACCGCGCCUUCGUCCACCAACCGCACCCAUCGCUGCUUCUUGAAGAAUGAUACGAGUAUCAGAAAGACAGCACCGAGUGGCUGGACCAUUCUCAGUGCAGUUCUCAAGGAAUGA